GGGAAAUGUCCACAGAAACGCGGUGAGAGAAUCACUGAAUUAUUGAAUCGUUCUCUCUCCCUCUCUCCAUUUGCCAAUGUCGUCGUCGAUUUCUCGUUAAACCACCAUCACCUUCUGAUACGGAUUGGGGUCGAACUGUCUGAGCUGAGAUUUAAUGGCAGCACCACCAGCUAGGGCUCGGGCCGAUUACGAUUACCUCAUCAAGCUCCUCUUGAUUGGCGACAGCGGUGUUGGUAAGAGUUGUCUACUCUUACGAUUUUCAGAUGGUUCAUUCACAACGAGUUUCAUUACCACUAUUGGAAUUGACUUUAAGAUAAGGACCAUUGAGCUUGAUGGAAAACGAAUCAAACUACAAAUCUGGGACACUGCUGGUCAGGAGCGGUUCCGAACAAUCACAACAGCUUACUACCGAGGAGCUAUGGGUAUUUUACUGGUGUAUGAUGUUACGGACGAGUCCUCUUUCAACAACAUCAGAAACUGGAUCCGCAACAUUGAGCAACAUGCUUCUGAUAAUGUGAACAAAAUAUUGGUGGGGAACAAGGCCGACAUGGACGAGAGCAAAAGGGCUGUUCCAACCUCCAAGGGCCAAGCUCUUGCAGAUGAAUAUGGCAUCAAGUUCUUCGAAACCAGUGCAAAAACAAACAUGAACGUGGAGGAAGUUUUCUUCUCAAUAGCGAAGGAUAUCAAGCAAAGGCUCGCAGAAAGUGAUUCAAAGGCUGAGCCUCAAACCAUCAGGAUCAACAAAACUGAUCAGACUACCAACGAUAGCCAAGCCGCACAGAAGUCCUCUUGCUGUGGUUCUUGAGGAAAAAGAACAAAAACUCUGGGGAAGCGUAUUCUGCAUUCUGUUUGCUCUAUCUGGGACAUUAUUUCCGUUGGUUCGGUGCUGCGCGAAAAAGGAUAACAAACACAGAAGAUGCCCUGUAUCUCCUUUUCCCUUAUUAUCAUGAAAGAGAGAUUCCCGUGAUCCAUCUAAACUUCUAUUUUCAUAAUGGCUUAUAUAUCCUCCUCUUUUUUUUUUUCCCCCAUUUUAUUGUCUUCUUCAUGUUCUUUUAUUAAGAUGUGGAACUCGACUUUAUCUUUGAUGUAGAGAAGUUAUAAUUUUUCUAUAGUAUUGGUUUCUUGGAGAA